AUGAAAGUAAUUUAUAUUUUAUAACAAAUAUACCCUUGUAUUCUUUAUGGAUUAGUCUCUGUUUAGCUAACAUUCGCCAUGAAAUGGUUAUUAUAAGGUAGAUAGCAUCUUGGCCUAAAUACUGUUCUUGGAUAUUAACAAAUAGUGAUUGUUAUUUUAUGCUCUUUGAUAGACAAAUAUUACACUAAAAAGACAUUAAUUUAAGUAGUUCCAGCUAAAAGUGAAUAAAUAGGCAAUUAAAAAACAACUUUCCAUGAAAAAAUGAAAAAUUUGUUCAAUGAAAAAAAGGAUAUGUUUAUUUUUUCAGCAGUUUAUUUUUUAAAUACACUAAGUGGCACCAAAGCUCAUAGUUCUUUACCUAUACCUAUGUUCUUAGCGUUAAGGAGGACCUUAAUUUUCUUUGUUUUCAUAGCAUCUCUAGUAUUAGGUAAAAACAAGCUGUAACACAACAUUUUAGCAAAAGCUUCUAUCUUUUUGAUAACUUUUGGUGCAUUGUUCGCAGGAUUACAGUCUUUCGAUGAUAAUAUAUUAGGUUAUUUGCUUUGCUUCUUCAAUAACUCUCUUAGUGCCAUCAGUCUUUAAUUGACAAAGAAUUACAAUGAUAACCAAAACCUAUCUCCAUACCAAAUAGUUGUUAAAAAUAGUAUCAAUGUCCUGCCGUUUUUCUUUGUUAUCAGUAUUUCUACUGGUGAAUUGAAGAAUAUUUUAAUUAGUGGAGAACUUUUUAAUAAAGAGAUCUUAUUUCUUAUUAACUAUGUGGCAAUCUUAGGAUUCUUCCAUCAAUUCACUACUAAUUUAUGCUCUGCCAAAUGCUCCCCUCUAGCUCUUGCAGUUACUUAGAGUGUUAAGGUAUUUUGUUUAUUACACUAUUAUUGUAUAAGGCUGAAAUUAAUUAAUAUAUAAAUUUUAAUUUAAAGGAUUUGGUUAGCACAAUAGCUUCUCUAGUCUUUUUCUAAGACAUGGAAAUAAAUAUUUAUUCUAUUGGAGGACUUAUAACUUCUUUUUUAGGAUCUUUCAUGUUUAUCUACAAUAAAUUGUUAGAAGUUUAGAUUGAAUAUGCUAAGAAAUAAGCCCUUAAAAAAAAUGAUGAAGAAGUUAAGUAAAAUCAAUAAAAAAUAUAAUAAGAAAAGGAACUUAAUGAGUCUAGUGAAAAAUAAUAAACUAUUUUAAAAUAAGAACAAGUUGUAAAAAAGAGGUUUUGAAUUUUUCAUAACCCAACUAUUUCAAGCAAAAAUAAACAAAAAAAUAUUUAACUAAUUUCAAUUAAUAAUAAUUAAAAAUCUAAAUAAAUAAAUAAUUUAGAAUCUAUUAUAAUAAAAUUAAUUUUAUAAAUAAAUAAAUAAUUUUUUUUUGUCAAAUAUGUAAAUUCAUUUUAUUGUUUUGGAUUUAGUUUUUAAUACUUACUUACUAACUUGA